AUGUCUUUUUUUGAAAAAUGCUCGGUUUGCGAUAAAAAAUCGACUGGAAUUCAUUAUGGAGUAAGUUUCUGAUUCUGUCUGAUAAAGAACAAUUAAAGUUAUCCAGGUUCAAUCAUGUGAUGCGUGUAAAUCGUUCUAUCUAAGAUCUAUGCGAAGCAAUAGGAAAUACUCGAAAUGUCCUUUUGAUCAGAAUUGCUAUUUUGCAGUUGUAUCUCAUUAUAAAUGUCGAGAAUGUCGAUUGAAAAAAUGUAUUCAACUUGGAAUGCAAAUUAAAAAUCAAUCAGUAACCGAAUUUGGGAUUUGGAAAAAACUAGAGGUAAAAUGAUGAAACUUAUCUUUAAAACCUAUUAAUUUCUUCAGAUCCCUUUCACAAAACUACACACUUUGAUUCGAAAUCUUGCUCACAUCGAUUCCGAAGUUGCGAAAUUACGCAUUUCUACUUAUAAUCCAAUAAUCUAUCCAAAACUAGAAAAUGCUGUAGGCGCAUCAUCAAUUCUCAAUAUGGCUUCACAACUUCCACCAAUGUCUGGGUGGCCUUUGGACAAAACAGAAUCUAUAGAGAUACGUUUGAAACAAAAUCGAAAAAGAAUAUAUUUCGAAAACCAGAAUCAUCCUAUUAAUCUCCAUGGUUCCUUAAAUCAAGAAGAAUUCAAUACGUAAAACUUCAAGCUAACAUUAAGUUCUAACUAAAUUAAUUGGUUUUCCAGGAAAGAAUGGGGAGUUUUUGAUAUUCUAAUGGUCAUCGAGUAUGCAAAAACGUUUCCCUUCUUCGAUAAAUUGAGUAUUCAAGACAAAUGUGCAUUAAUUAAAGGAACUCAUUUUAUGAUAACUUCGCUCACUUCCGCAUUUGAAUCUUAUUUGAAUAAAAAAGAUGUUUUACAAGCACCUGAUGGAUUAAUUUAUGAUGAUAAAAUAACGUGAGUUUGGAAGAAAAAUGGGCAGAUGAUUCAGCACAUUCAAACUGAAAUGUAUCUGCGAAUUUUGUGAAAUUUCUAGCUUGUUAGUUAUAUGAACAAAAUUGAAUCUACUGCCCAAAAUCUUCAAUUUAAUUGUAAGAAAAUUGUCAAUAUUUUAAUAUUAAGAAUGUGGGAUGUGGAAGUCAUGUUUGGUGCAAAAAUGUAAGUUUUUAUGUGAUAUUUUUUUAAUUUAAAUAUUCUCGCAUCAGACCAAAAAAUAUGAUGUGUAUCCCUAUCAAUUUUUGGACGAUACAAUAUUUUGUGCAACAUAAACCAACCCACGAAGAAUAUUUGCUCAUGAAAGCUAUCGCAUUUUGUAACCCAGGUUAGUGAAAAAAGUAGCGGUUCAAAAGCUGAAAAAAACCUUCAGUGAACGAACUAUCAAAUUUUGGCAAAAAAUUGAUCCAAAAGGAACGAAAAAAAUUUGGAGAGGCUUUAUCGGAAUAUUGCUUGAAAUCAAAAAACGGUGCGUCGCGAUAUGUGACACUUUUAGAAUAUGUUAUUAAUCGAAUUCGAGCUCAGAAGGAUGUUAAGGAUUUUGCCAUGUACUUGAGAAUUAUAUCCGAAAGUACAACUUCCAAAUCGAGAAAAAUGUUUGAAAAUCAAGUAUUUUUCUGAAUUCUGUUUUUACUUCUUGAUAUAUAUUUUGUUUUAUUUAAAUUAUCAAGUUCUAAAAUAUCCAAAAAUUGUCAGUUUUUGUCAAGUUCAUUGUAUGUCGUUUAGGAAGAUCAAAACCCCCUCAAUUUAACUGCAUGAUUUGUUAAAUAUUUCAAUAUUAUAGUCUUCUAAUCUUUCUUUAUCCUGAAAAUCUUUGCAUGAAUAUAAAGAAAAAAGUAUUUCAUUUCGCCAUUUAUUUUGUCGCACAUUUUAUUCCUCAAUGCUUUCUAUCAGACAAAAGUGUUUAGUUUGCGAAGAAAAAUCGAAUGGAAAUCACUAUGGCGUAAGUUGCAUUUUAGUUUAUGUCAGAUUGUCAAAUUGUUUAUAUUCAGGCUCAAACAUGUAAUGGGUGUAAAUCAUUUUUUCUGCGAUCAAUGGGAAGAAAAGUUAUUUACUCAAAAUGUCCUUUUGAUCGAAAUUGCUAUUCGACAGUUGUAUCACAUUAUAAAUGUCGAGAAUGUCGUUUUAAAAAAUGUCUCAAAGUUGGUAUGAACUUAGGAAAUAAAUCAAUGACUUGCUGGGAAAUUUGGAGAGAUUUAGAGGUUUAAUAUGAUUAUACUUCUAUAAAAAAUAAAUAUUCUUUCAGAUUCCUUUCACUAAAACGACCAGAUUGCUUCGUGUCCUUGCACAUAUAGAUUCUGAAGUUACAAAACUGCGCAUUUCCACAUAUAACCCUAUAAUCUAUCCAAAUCUCAAUGACGUUGUUAAAGCUCCUUCCAUCCUAAAUUUAGCAUCCAAACUUCAACCAAUGCCUGGAUAUCCUAUGCAAAAAUCAGAGUCUAUCAAAAUCCGAAUUAAACUGAAUAAAAAAAGAAUAGAGAUUGAGAAUCAGAAAAAAUCAUAUGAUUAUCCCGUCGAAUCUUUCAGUCAUGAAGAAUUUAAUAUGUGAGUAAUAAUUUUUGAGUUUUGAUUGUUAAAUAUAUAUUGUUACAGUAAAGAAUGGGGUGUUUUUGAUGCUUUGAUGACAAUCGAAUAUGCAAAAACAUUUCCAUUUUUCGAAAAAUUGGAUGAUAAAGACAAAUGUGUAUUGAUUCAAGAAACUCAUUUCAUGAUAUCCUCAAUUACAUCUGGUUUUGAAUCUUAUUUGAACAAAAAAGACGCUUUGCAAUCACCCGAUGGACUAUUUUAUGACAAUACACUGACGUAGGUGUUUUAUUAACUUAUAAAUAUAAUAUUUUUUGAGUUCAGAAAAUCCGAUGCCGAAGUGAUGUUUGGAUUGAAUAUGUGAGUUUUAAAUUUGAUCUCUUCAAGAUAUUAACGGUAUUUCAGACCAGAUAAUAUUUCAUUUAUCCCUAUUAGUUAUUGGACGAUCAAAAAUUUUAUUCAAAACAGAUUAACACAUGAGGAAUAUCUGCUUAUGAAAGCCAUAGCAUUUUGUCAUCCAGGUUAGUGGAAUUAAAAUAAGAGUAUUCUUCGCAAAACAUUUUUUCAGUAAUGGAAUUAUCAGAUUAUGGUAGAGAAUUGGUUCAACAAGAAAGAAAUAAAUUUGCAAAUUCGUUAUUGAAUUAUUGUUGUGCUUCCAACACUGGCGUUUCACGAUAUGUAACUAUUAUAGAAUGUGUAAGCAAUCGAAUUCGAGCUCAAAAAGCUGCUAAAGAUUUCACAGCUUUUAUUAGACUUAUGUCAACAAGUACAGUUUCCACAUCAAGAAAAAUGUUAGAAGAUCAAAUAUUCUUAUGA